AUGGCGACAAUGCUAGCCCUCAAGCUCCUCCUCGCCUUCCUCCUCCCCCUCGUCUCCGCGCUCAAAUUCGAAAUCCAAGCGCACCCGGGCCACGAAUCCGCCUCGAAAGAACGCUGCAUAAGGAAUUUCGUCGCGAAGGAUCAGCUCGUCGUCGUGACGGCGACGGUGAGCGGGAAUCGGGGGGAUGGGCAGACUUUGAAUAUGCAUAUCAAAGACGCCGUCGGUAACGACUACGCCCGCCCCCGCGACGUCGCCGGCGAAGCGCGCUACGCCUUCACCUCGCACGCGGACAGCGCCUUCGACGUCUGCUUCGAAAACAUCCUCACGACGCACACAGCCGUCAUCUCGCCCUCGCGCUCGGUCGAGCUGGACAUCGACAUCGGCGCAGACGCCAAGGACUGGAGCGCGAUCCAAGCCGGGGAGAAACUCAAACCGGUGGAAGUCGAGCUGAAACGCAUGAGCGAGCAGGCGAAAGAGCUGGUCGAGGAGAUGGAUUAUUUGCGGAGUCGCGAGAUGAAGUUGAGGGAUACGAAUGAGAGUACGAAUGAGCGGGUUAAGUGGUUUGCGAUUGGGACGAUGGGGAUGUUGGUUGCGUUGGGGGUGUGGCAGAUUGUGUAUUUGAGGGCGUAUUUUAGGAGUAAGCAUUUGAUCUAG